AUGACGUCCAUGGGGUCAGCAAAGAAAUAUUAAAGCCAUAAUGCUGGAAAUAUUAUUCUUAUCUCUCUGUCAGUACAAGAGCUAAAACUUGGGGAACAGUCAUGGUUAUGAGGAACUUUGGAUUCAAGAACUUGGUUAAGGUAGUCUUCGUACUCAUUAUCAGCACACACUUAAGUCAUUGUAAUGAGCUUAAGAACCAUCAUCCUAAUCAUCGUCACAGCCUAAUGACGAUGAGUGACCUUGCGAAUCACUGGGUUGGAAUUCCAAAAUCACCUUAUGUACACUUUUCGUCUGCUAUCACCCCAACCACACUCGUAGUUACUCCACCACCAACAUCUUCACCAAUAAGCAUAAAGAAGAUGUCUAGGCCGAGUUCCAAACCAAAAAAGGUAAAAAAUGAAGAAAAAAUACGACGCAGAUCUGAUAAUAACAAUACAAGAAAGAAAGACAAGCACUAUUACGAUGAUUUUGAUGACCAACCUGAUUACGAUUAUGAUUAUGAUAACUAUGCACCACCCUAUUCAAGAGUAACGCCACCACCAUCACAGUAUGUCAUCAGAGGCUCAACGUCACCAAAGACCAUGUAUAUGAAUCCGUCAGAAUCGUCACCAUCUGUUAACAAAAUUUUUGCAGCUGUACCAAAAGUAGCAACCUAUGUUGUACCAUCAUCUAAGACAUACGUGGUCCGACGAGUCAAAUCAGAGGCUGUAUACAUACCUCCUUCUGAUCAAGUUGCUUACGUGUCACCCAGUAAGGGAGGCGUGAGAAGACAGGAUCCCUUAGAUUAUGAUGAUAAUCCUUCUGGUGCGUCUUAUUUAGGGCCUCGAAACAGUUUUCCACCAAGACCUGUCAUGAAUAAAAUAACAGGUCCUGGGCAAAGACAACCAUGUCAUGGUCCAGAAUGCCAUCAGCACCACAAAGGAUUGGUGAGGUUUUAUUGGCGAAGAGUAAUCUAUCCUCCUGGUGCAGAUGGUAGAAGAAGAAGACCAUCUAGAUUUCGAAAUAGAAGACGAUCCAGAGAUCGUGCAAGAUCCCCAUCUGACCAAACGGAAACAUUUACGUCUGACGAAGAGGAUGACCAAGAAGAGUCAGAAGAAGACAUUGAUCAGGAAGAAGAUCCUGAUGAGAACAAUGAUGAAGAAGAAGCUGAAGACACUAGAAAUUGGAGACAAGCAUGGCGGCCUGGCAGAGCUUACGGGCAUGAUUUAGAUGAGGGCAAGUAUUAUGAAAAUGGCAAAAGGACAUACAGAGACAAAAGGUUUGCUAAUCGAGGAAGGAGUAGACCAAAGUUUGCUUACUAAAAUAUUAAUAUCCUCUUACUUCUCAAAACAAAACUGAGGUUUCAUUAGAACAUAUGUUACAUUAAUAUUUAUUUGAUUUCAUCCUACUCAGAAGUGUGAGUUGAA